CGAUGCUUUAAUCACAUUUUCAAUUCAAAUCUGCUGCUAUUUGAUCCGCCGGGGGUUGGCGGCGGGGAGGGGGGAGUAUUUUUAGCUGUGCUUAAAGCUGCCGUGGCGGCUGAGGGAGAGCGGGCAGGUUGCUGUGGCCGGGCAGAGUUGGACGGGAUCCCCCCCCCCCCGCUGCCGCCUCCUCCUCUUUGCACAUCCGAGGGCGGCAGCGGGGCUGGCUCCCCCCUCCCGGAGGUCGCCUUUGUUUUCCCCGAGUCGCUCUCCCGAGCAGCCGGGGGGAAUCGGGAGGGGGCCGGGGCCGGGCUGGACCAGACCGGCCGCCCCUUCUCCCGCUCGCCCCGCGGUGGAGUUGGUUCGGUUCCCCCCUCGGGCGGCUCUUCCCAGCCGCCGGGACCCCCCAUGGCACCGCCGCGAUGUUCGUGUCCCGGCUCCUGGAUUUCCAGAAGACGCGCUACGCCAGGUUCAUGAAUCACCGCGUCCCAUCCAACUGCAGGUACCAGCCGACGGAGUACGAGCACGCAGCCAACUGUGCCACCCAUGCAUUCUGGAUCCUGCCCAGCAUCCUUGGCAGCUCCAUCCUCUACAUCCUCUCUGAUGACCAGUGGGAAACUAUCUCAGCCUGGAUCUAUGGCUUUGGCUUGUCCAGCCUCUUCAUUGUCUCCACCAUCUUCCACACCAUCUCCUGGAAGAAGAGGCAUCUCAGGACAGUGGAGCACUGCUUGCACAUGUUUGACAGGAUGGUGAUCUACUUCUUCAUCGCAGCAUCAUAUGCUCCCUGGCUGAACCUGAGGGAAUUGGGUCCCUGGGCUUCCCACAUGCGCUGGAUCAUCUGGAUCAUGGCAUCUGUUGGCACCGUCUAUGUUUUCUUCUUCCAUGAGCGGUACAAGCUGGUGGAGCUGGUGUGCUACGUUAUCAUGGGCUUCUUCCCUGCGUUGGUCAUCCUCUCCAUGCCCAACAGGGAUGGCCUCCCGGAGCUGGUGGCCGGUGGAUUCUCCUACUGCCUGGGCAUGGUCUUCUUCAAGAGCGACGGCCGCAUCCCCUUCGCCCAUGCCAUCUGGCACCUCUUUGUGGCCAUUGGAGCUGGCAUCCACUACUAUGCCAUUUGGAGGUAUCUCUACCGGCCUGGCACGCUGGAGGCUAAAACAUCCUGGUAGAUGCCUUAAAGACCAGCACAUGGGGGCAUGAGGGGAGCAGGGAGACAGCCUGUGCCACGGGCUCACCCUAAACCACCCACUAGCCCCAUGGGCAGUGCUGGUGCCCUUCCUGCACAGCCAGGAGAGUCUGGAGGUGGAUUUUAAACAGACUUUCCUCUUUUAACCUCGGGAACUGCUUGGAUUUUGGGCACAGGUUUUGUAACACAGUGACCCACCAAGGGGCUGCUGGUGGCAGGGGAAUGAAUGACCGUGUGCCAGGGGCUUGAGGGGCUUCACUCACUUGCCUGGCCCUGAGCAUCCCAUGGGGUCCUUGACCCCGCCUGCCCCUGAAUAGUGACACCCUGGGUUUGGCUACUGAGCCCUUAGCAUGGGCCCCCCAAGGGACUGGAGGAGUUGGGAUGAGGGGAGAGAUCCAGCCCCUUUCCCUUGAGAUGCUCCAGCCUGGGAGGGGGCACAUUGGCAUCCCUGCUCCAACCGGGCUCAGCUCCUAAAUGGACCUAAAUCAUGCCAGCAUUAACCACUCCCUCCCAGGUUCUCUAUGGGAAGGUCCAGGGACAACAAAGCCUUAUAUGAGAUUGAAACUGGGACCUCUUCCAGGGCACCCCAGAGUCCCCAAGCACUGCAGAACCCUUUCUCUCAGCCAGUAUUAGGUGCACAACUCAGUACAUCCCCCCCUGAACGGGCCCGGAGAGCCCACCAGGACGUUUUGUCCUUGGGGUGCUUUGUUUUCCUCUCCAAUCUCAGUGCAGUGGCAGAUUCAAAGCACAGCCCUGCUCCCAGGCUCUUGCCUGUGCCUUCAAGCAGGGAGCAGAGGGGGGAUUCGGAUGCCAGCAUCCGCCUGGCUGGGGUCAGCCCAUCCACAUCAGGGGAUUUUCGUUCUCCUUGAGGGAGGGAAGCAAACCUCCUGGGAUUGGGAUCACGGGGCUGCCUGCCUUUUCUGCUCCCAUUCUGGUGAUGAGCCUAUUGCCCAUCAUCAUUAACUCCGCUCCUGGGAGGAUAUCUGGCGUUCCCAGAAUUGAUGUAGGGGAAAGAUGCAUCUGCGUGAUGCUUGGAGGUGAGCUGAAUGGGGAGGUCCUAGUGAUGCUCGGCUAUUAAACACCUAACCACAGCUCCACAGUGCUGCUUUCCAGGGUACGAUAACAAGACAUGGAGCACCCAUCCAGCCAUCAGAAGCAGCCUGAUAGUGCUGGAAUGGGAAAAGCACACUGGUCCUGCUCCCCAGGCUGCUGGAGCUGUUAAGGACUGGUCUGUGCUGGGACCCCGCACAACAUCGCUGCUCUCACCCCUGCCUGCACCGUCCCCAGGAGCCCCUGGAGGCAUCGAUUUCCCAUCAGCUCUUUUCAGCCUCUUGAUUAAUUGUGGCUGCAGCAGCCUUGGCACAACGGGGCAAACGAAGGAGAUUUAUGGCCACUGUCCCACGUCUCCUGUUUCUCUGGUAGCCGAGGAGCUGAGCUCCAGGCUCUGCUCUGUCCCCCACAGAGCUUAGGUCUCCCCAGCCUGCAUCAUUCCAGGACCAGCUCUAUAUCGUCCAUCAAAUUACCAAAGAGACAGCAUCCAGAUGCUCAUCCCCUCCUGACUGUGGCUGUGGUCACCAGGGCAACAAAAGAAUCCUGUGGGUUUUCACUUCCAUAGGCACAAGGUUCCUAUAAGGGGCUCUAGGUGCAUGCCUCUGCCAUAGGGCUGCUGGGGGGUCUCUACACAGGGCACCCCAAAUCAGCCUUUGGGCUGGGGACACCCCUUGGGGUGAUGGGUGGUCCUAAGGGACAGGGGAUGAAUGACCCAGUGUGAGCCCAGUCUCUGCUGCUGCAUCUCCCAAGAUCCCAUGUCCAACCCCUUGCUCCAUCAUCUGCUGCAGAUGGAGGAUAAGCUGGGAGUAACCAGCAGUUGGUGGAGCAUUUUGGGGGUUGAAAUAGCAGGAUAGGAGGUCCCAGAACAGAAGAUGCUAUUUUUUCCUGCCUGGCAAGUCUUUACCCUUCUCCGUGCCUCAGUUUCCCCAUCUGUAAAAUGGGGGAGAAGACAGCAACCUACCUCACAGGGCUCAUGUGAGGACCUGUGGAGCACCUGGAGGACAACCAGUGCUUUACAAACGCGUGCUUCAACUUUAACCGAGGGGGACACACCAGAUUCCCAGCAUCACCGUGGGGCAUGGUGACAACAGCGGCUCAAUGUGCCUGGCUCUCCUCCUUUUCCAUCACUAAAUCCCACUGGGAACAGGCCAUGCACACAGCAGUCAGGGGCUGAGGAUGCCCAGGGACCACUGUUGCAUUUCGCUCUUCAUCCCAAGGGAUGAAGCUGUUUUGCCAUUGGGGCUUCUGGCUCUAAAUGCAUCCUGGGGGCUCCUGAGUCACAGGGAGGUGCCCGAAAGACCUUUCGAAGCCACUUUAUCCCAGCCUCCUGCUGAAAACCCAGGGCAGGGCAGAUAUCCAGGUGGGAAUGGGUGGCUGGGCUCCACUGGGGACAUCGCCACGCUGCCUUGAGCCCAGAUCUGCCAAGUGGGCUUUGCUAUAACUGAUAAAUCCCCCCUCUUCUCUUGCUUCCUAAAUCCUUCCCUUGCAAAGCAGGGAGCACAGAGCAGGUUAUGGGAUUGUCCUCAGUUUUAUACUAAUCCUAAAUGACUCCUAACGUUGAGGAUGUCUGCGGAGGAGGGUCCGAGGGGCCUUUUUAGCAUCUCACGUUUUCACUGUCCAUUCUUGUUCGAUCAGUCUUUUAUAGUUAACACAGUACUGGGUCAAGGAAACACAAACGUACGGAAGAUAACGCUAAUGACUAUUGCUUCCUGUGGAGUAGGAUUGAAAUAAAAACUCAAGAUACCUCA